AUGAUUGGAUUAGUCUACGGUGAUAAAGGAGUCAAGUUGAAACCCCAUUCGGAACUUGCGUUGAAAGUAUCCACACAAAUUGGCGUCUUUUUCGGCCAGCUUGUGUUCGGCUGGUUAGCGGAUAUUCUGGGGCGGAAAAAGAUGUAUGGAUUCGAACUGAUGAUUGUCAUCCUUGGCAUAUUGGCUCAAGCAUGUGCAGGUGAAGCUCGUAGCGGUCGAACUAUCAGUAUUGUUGCUCUGUUAAGCGCCUGGAGAUUUAUAAUGGGCGUUGGGAUUGGGGCCGAUUAUCCUCUUUCUUCCGUAAUCACGUCAGAGUUCUCCCCAACAAAGGUGCGAGGUCGAAUGAUGACCGCUGUGUUUGCCAUGCAAGGGUUUGGGAACUUUACGGCUGCUCUGGUUGCUUUUAUUGUUACUCAAGCUUAUAAGAAUCAGAUCAACCAGGACGGAAAAAGGCAGGACAGUAUCGAUCGCUGUUGGCGCCUGUUGAUCGGCUUGGGUGCCAUUCCUGGGUGCAUCGCACUAUAUUGUCGGCUAACGAUUCCUGAAACUCCUCGCUUUACCAUGGACGUAGAACGAAACGUCGAACAGGCCGUCCAGGAUGUCAAUGAUUUCUUGACCACGGGUGAAUACAGGGUAGAUCCUGAUGCUGUUGUUCGGCGUGGGAUUGCUCCCCAAGCCACAUGGGUCGACUUCAAGCGGCAUUUUGGACAAUGGCGGAACUUCAAGCUUAUUUUUGGGAUGGCUUAUUCAUGGUUCGCUCUGGACAUCCCAUUUUAUACUCUAGGACUGAAUACCUCAAGCAUGCUUAAACCGCUGGGUUUCAUUUCGAAAGCUUGCGAUGAUGAUUAUACUGCUAAAAACGCAUACACCAUCCUUCGCGGUGUCUCUCAGGGGAAUCUGAUAUUAGCUGUUGGCGGGCUGAUUCCCGGAUACUGGUUUACCUUUCUGUUCAUUGAUUCAUGGGGUCGAAAGCCUAUUCAGAUUAUGGGGUUUAUCGUUUUGACUGUACUGUUCAUCGUAAUUGGUGCUACAUGGGACAUCCUUCACAAACAGAUCAACGACUAUGGAGGAAGCGUUCUUAUAUUCUUGUAUUGUUUAGCCAAUUUUUUCCAAAACUUUGGUCCCAAUACUACGACAUUCAUCGUUCCGGGAGAGGCGUUCCCUACUCGCUACCGCGCCACUGCUCACGGGAUAUCGGCGGCGUCGGGAAAGCUUGGAGCCAUCAUUGCUCAGGUUGUUUUCUCCAUUAUUAAUGGAUACUUUAAGGGGAAACGCACCUGCGAUGACCCUGACCCAUUCCUCAAAUACCUCAUGUUUGCGUUUUCAUUCUUUACUAUGACCGGGGCUGCGGCUACGCUUCUUAUUGAGGAAACAAAAGGCCGAACAUUGGAAGACAUAUCCAAUGAAGAUCAGGAUCGGUUCAUCUCGGGUCCCGAUCCUCUGGAGUUUCAGUCUCGCGACACUAUUGACGGCCCUAGCGAGUCCUAUCCGCUCCACAACAGGCAUUCGUCUGAACCAUGA